CGAUGACGAAUACUGAAAGCCGCAAACAAGCAUCAUGCACGUGGUUCCAUCCGUUGUGUUUCAAUCGAAAGUAGCUCUUGCACAGUUCUUUUCGUUGCAAUAUUGAAUACGGUUCUAAUUCAGUUCGUUAAACGGUAGUGUGCUCUUAAUUAUAACAAAUAGUUACAUAACAAAAUGAAAAUAUGGCCCUCGGAAGAAAAAUGGAUGGUUGUGGUAAUUUCAUCAAAUACGGUCUGUUCAUAGUCAACCUCAUAAUAUGUAUUGGUGGAUUAGUUGCUUUAGGUUUCGGCAUUUGGGUAGUAAUUGACAAAUCCUUUGCGAACGAACUGUUGGGUACGAAUCUGUACGGUGGAGCAACAUGGAUUAUGAUGAUAACAGGCACUGGUGUUGCGUUGUUAGCAGCGGUAGGAUGUAUGGGAUCAAUUAAGGAAAUUAGGUGUCUCCUAUUUACGUACAUGCUCUGCCUUUCUUUUAUCUUCGUUACUAUGUUAGUGGGAGGCAUCAUCGGAUAUGUCUUCAGAGAGAAAGCAGAAUUGACUGUACGUAAUGGUAUGACAUCAUCACUACGAGCCUAUGGAAAUUAUCACCCUGUUACACUUGCCUGGGAUGAAACGCAGCAAAGGUUGAAAUGUUGCGGUAUUGAUAAUUACAGGGAUUGGAAAGGAUUCAUUCCAGACUCUUGUUGCAAGCCGUAUUCACAUGGAAGACUACAGAAAUGCCAGAAUGUGGAACAGUUGAACGACCACGUGGCAUAUAUGAAUGGGUGCCUGAAUGUUACAAAGCAAUAUGUAAAAGAGAAUGCUUUGGUUAUUGGUACUCUUUGUACCGUGGUUUCUCUCAUGAUGUUACUUGGAAUCAUAUUUUCUUUCUUAUUGUUCAGGAUAAUAGAAUGAUAAAACCAACCAGGAGGAAGAUUGUAUGAUAUUAUAUCCUAUAAACUAACAUGUUGUAUAUAAAUAAUUUCAUAUUUAAGGAAUUCAAUAUAAUAAUCAUCAAUAUCAA